CCGCCCCGCGUUGCGAACCAGCCGCCCUCUGGCUUCCGUCCCCUUGGCGGCCCUUUUCUCCCGGGGUUGUGUUUCCGGGAGGAUCACUCGCGCACGGACGCGUCCUCCUGGGGAAACCAGCCCGGGCCCAGCAUGGCGGAGCAGCGCCUUCCGGUACCCCGGCUUCGGGGCGUCUCUCGGGAGCAGUUUCUGGAGCAUCUCUACCCACAGAGGAAGCCCCUUGUGUUGGAAGGACUCGACUUGGGGCCCUGUACAAGCAAAUGGACAGUGGACUACCUGAGCCGAGCUGGGGGGGCGAAAGAGGUGAAGAUCCACGUCUCUGCUGUCGCACAGAUGGACUUCAUCAGUUUCUGUUGUGUUUAUUUCAGAACUUUACCGUUUAACAAGUUGGUCCAGAGAGCAGCCGAAGAAACGCAUAAAGAAUUCUUUAUUUCAGAGGAUGAGAAAUACUACUUGCGGUCACUUGGAGAAGACCCGAGGAAGGAUGUUGCAGAUGUCCGACAGCAGUUUCCCUCCCUAGGAGGAGAUAUUAAGUUCCCAGCGUUCUUCAAAGAGGAGCAGUUCUUCUCCAGUGUUUUUCGAAUCAGUUCACCUGGCCUGCAGCUCUGGACUCAUUACGAUGUAAUGGAUAACUUUUUAAUACAAGUGACAGGGAAGAAGCGAGUCACACUGUUCAGUCCUCGAGAUGCACACUACUUAUAUUUAUCAGGUUCUAAGUCAGAAGUGCUGAAUAUUGACAGCCCAGACCUAGAUAAAUACCCACUCUUCCCGAAGGCGCGGAGGUACGAGUGCUCCCUGGAAGCCGGUGAUGUUCUCUUCAUUCCUGCUUUAUGGUUCCAUAAUGUGACUUCUGAGGCGUUUGGAGUCGGAGUGAAUGUCUUUUGGAAGCACCUUCCAUCAGAAUGCUAUGACAGAACAGACACCUAUGGCAACAAAGACCCUGUGGCCGCGUCCAGAGCUGUGCAAAUCUUGGACAGAGCUUUGAAAACACUGGCUGAACUACCAGAGGAGUACAGGGACUUCUAUGCACGCCAAAUGGUCCUACGUAUUCAAGACAAAGCCUACAGCAAGAACUUGGAGUAAAAGAAAAAUGAACUAAUUGUAGUAAAAAUUUAAAAAUAAAUAAAAAUCAGCUCAAGAACUAUAAUAUAUAAACAUUUAAAGAUGCUU